CGCCAUUUUCAUUGGAUAUUGAAGGUUACAGAUCACGGAUUCGGGCUGAGGCUAUUCUCCAACGAUGAUUGAGUCCAUUAAGCAUCGAUUAGGCCGGAUUUACUCGGGUCAAUUUUUAGCAGAUUCCAAAGGGGUACCAUCACAGAUUUCGGGCGAUUUAUCUGAAAUUCCAUUUUCUUUCGAUUCUGGAGGCUACAGAUCACGUAAUCAGGCCGAGGCUAUUAUCCACCAAUAAUGAAGUCUAUUGAUCCUAUUCUCCACGGAUGAUAAGUCCGUUAAGCAUCGAUUUGGGCCAAUUUAUUUUCGGAUGGCAUUUUCGUAAUUUCUUGGGCGACGAAAGGCCAUUUUCAUUGGAUAUUGAAGGCUACAGAUCACGGAUUCGGCGUGAAGCUAUUCUCCAACGAUGAUUGAGUCCAUUAAGCAGCGAUUAGGACGGAUUUAUUCUGGGUCAAUUUUUGUCAGAUUCCAAAGGGGUACCAUCACAGAUUUCGGGCGAUUUAUCCGAAAUGCCAUUUUCUUUCGAUUCUGGAGGCUACAGAUCACAGAAUCAAGUCGAGGCUCUCCUCUGAUAAUGAAGUCUAUUGAUCCUAUUCUCCAUGGAUGAUAAGUCCGUUAAGCAUCGAUUUGGGCCAAUUUAUUUUCGGAUGGCAUUUUCGUAAUUUUUUUGGCGACGAAAGGCAAUUUUCAUUGGAUAUUGAAGGCUACAGAUCACGGAUUCGGCCUGAGGCUAUUCUCCAACGAUGAUUGAGUCCAUUAAGCAACGAUUUGUUCGGAUUUAUUCCGGGUCAAAUUUUGGCAGAUUCCAAAUGGGUACCAUCACAGAUUUCGGGCGAUUUAUCCGAAAUGCCAUUUUCUUUCGAUUCUGGAGGCUCCAGAUCACGAAAUCAGGCCGAGGCUAUUCUCCACCGAUAAUGAAGUCUAUUGAUCCUAUUCUCCAAGGAUGAUAAGCCCGUUAAGCAUCGAUUUGGGCCAAUUUAUUUUCGGAUGGCAUUUUCGCAAUUUCUUGGCCGGUGAAAGGCCAUUUUCAUUGGAUAUUGAAUGCUACAGAUCACGGAUUCGGCCUGAGGCUAAUCUCCAAAAAUGAUUGAGUCCAUUAAGCACCGAUUUGGGAGGAUUUAUUCCGUGUCAAUUUUUGGCAGAUUGCAAAGGGGUACCAUCACAGAUUUCUUGCGAUUUAUCCGAAAUGCCAUUUUCUUUCGAUUUUGGAGGCUACAGAUCAAGGAAUCAGGCCGAGGCUAUUCUCCACCGAUAAUGAAGUCUAUUGAUCCUAUUCUCCCCGGAUCAUAAGUCCGUUAAGCAUCGAUUUGGGCCAAUUUAUUUUCGGAUGGCAUUUUCGUAAUUUCUUGGGCGAGAAAGGACAUUUUCAAUUGAUAUUGAAGGCUACAGAUCACGGAUUCGACCUGAGGCUAUUCUCCAACGAUGAUUGAUUCCAUUAAGCACCGAUUAGGCCGGAUUUAUUCCGGGUCAAUUUUUGGCAGAUUCCAAAGGGGUUACAUCACAGAAUUCGGGCGAUUUAGCCGAAAUGUCAUUUUCAUUCGAUUCUGGAGGCUAUAGAUCACAGAAUCAGGCCGAGGCUAUGCUCCACCGAAAAUGAAGUCUAUUGAUCCUAUUCUCCACGGAUGAUAAGUCCGUUAAGCAUUGAUUUGGGCCAAUUUAUUUUUGGAUAGCAUUUUCGUAAUUUCUUGGGCGAGAAAGGCCAUUUUCAUUGGAUAUUGAAGGCUAAAGAUCACGGAUUCGACCUGAGGCUAUUCUCCAACGAUGAUUGAGUCCAUUAAGCACCGAUUUGGGAGGAUUUAUUCCGUGUCAAUUUUCGGCAUAUUGCAAAGGGGUACCAUCACAGAUUUCUUGCGAUUUAUCCGAAAUGCCAUUUUCUUUCGAUUCUGGAGGCUACAGAUCAAGGAAUCAGGCCGAGGCUAUUCUCCACCGAUAAUGAAGUCUAUUGAUCCUAUUCUCCUUGGCUGAUAAGUCCGUUAAGCAUCGAUUUGGGACCAUUUAUUUUCGGAUGGCAUUUUCGUAAUUUCUUGGGCUACGAAAGGCCAUUUUCAUUAGAUAUUGAAGGCUACAGAUCACGGAUUCGGCCUGAAGCUAUUCUCCAACGAUGAUUGAGUCCAUUAAGCAACGAUUUGUCCGGAUUUAUUCCGGGUCAAUUUUUGGCAGAUUCCAAAGGGGUACCAUCACAGAUUUCGGGCGAUUUAUCCGAAAUGCCAAUUUCUUUUGAUUCUGGAGGCUACAGAUCACGGAAUCAGGCCGAGGCUAUUCUCCACCGAUAAUGAAGUCUAUUGAACCUAUUCUCCACGGAUGAUAAGUCCGUUAAGCAUCGAUUUGGGCCAAUUUAUUUUCGGAUGGCAUUUUCGUAAUUUCUUGGGCGAGAAAGGAUAUUUUCAAUUGAUAUUGAAGGCUACAGAUCACGGAUUCGACCUGAGGCUAUUCUCCAACGAUGAUUGUUUCCAUUAAGAACAGAUUAGGCCGGAUUUAUUCCGGGUCAUUUUUUGGCAGAUUCCAAAGGGGUUACAUCACAGAUUUCGGGCGAUUUAGCCGAAAUGUCAUUUUUAUUCGAUUCUGGAGGCUAUAGAUCACGGAAUCAGGCCGAGGCUAUUCUCCACCGAAAAUGAAGUCUAUUGAUCCUAUUCUCCACGGAUGAUAAGUCCGUUAAGCAUCGAUUUGGGCCAAUUUAUUUUUGGAUAGCAUUUUCGUAAUUUCUUGGGCGAGAAAGGCCAUUUUCAUUGGAUAUUGAAGGCUAAAGAUCACGGAUUUGACCUGAGGCUAUUCUCCAACGAUGAUUGAGUCCAUUAAGCACCGAUUUGGGAGGAUUUAUUCGGAUCAAUUUUUGGCAGAUUCCAAAGGGGUGCCAUCACAGAUUUCGAGCGAUUUAUCCGAAAUGCCAUUUUCUUUCGAUUCUGGAGGCUACAGAUCACGGAAUCAGGCCGAGGCUAUUCUCCACCGAUAAUGAAGUCUAUUGAUCCUAUUCUCCACGUAUGAUAAGUCCGUAAGCAUCGAUUUGGGCCAAUUUAUUUUCGGAUGACAUUUUCGUAAUUUCUUGGGCGACGAAAGGCAAUUUUCAUUGGAUAUUGAAGGCUACAGAUAACGGAUUCGGCCUGAGGCUAUUCUCCAACGAUGAUUUAGUCCAUUAAGCACCGAUUUGGGAGGAUUUAUUCAGGGCCAAUUUUUGGCAGAUUCCAAAGCGGUACCAUCACAGAUUUCGGGAGAUUUUUCCGAAAUGCCAUUUCUUUUCGAUUCUGCAGGCUAUAGAUCACGGAAUUAGGCCGAGGCUAAUCUAGACCGAUAAUGAUGUCUAUUGAUUCUAUUCUCCACGGAUGAUUAGUCCGUUAAGCAUUGAUUUGGGCCUAUUUAUUUUCGGAUGGCAUUUUCGUAAUUUUUGGGCGCUGAAAGGCCAUUUUCAUUGGAUAUUGAAGGCUACAGAUCACGGAUUCGGCCUGAGGCUAUUCUCCAACGAUGAUUGAGUACAUUAAACACUGAUUAGGCCGGAUUUUUUCCGGCUCAAUUUUUGGCAGAUUCCAAAGGGGUACCAUCACAGAUUUCGUGCGAUUUAUCCGAAAUUCCAUUUUCUUUCGAUUCUGGAGGCUACAGAUCACGGAAUCAGGCCGAGGCUAUUCUCCACCGAUAAUGAAGUCUAUUGAUCCUAUUCUCCACGGAUGAUAAGUCCGUUAAGCAUAGAAUUGGGCCAAUUUGUUUUUGGAUGGCAAUUUCGUAAUUUCUUGGGCGACGUAAGACCAUUUUCAUUGGAUAUUGUAGGCUACAGAUCACGGAUUCGGCCUGAGGCUAUUCUCCAACGAUGAUUGAGUCCAUUAAGCACCGAUUUGGGCGGAUUUAUUCCGGGUAAAUUUUUGGCAGAUUCCAAAGGGGUACCAUCACAGAUUUACGGCGAUUUAUCCGAAAUGCCAUUUUCUUUCGAUUCUGGAGGCUACAGAUCACGAAAUCAGGCCGAGGCUAUUCUACACCGAUAAUGAAGUCUAUUGAUCCUAUUCUCCACGGAUGAUAAGUCCGUUAAGCAUCAAUUUAGGCCAAUUUAUUUUCGGAUGGCAUUUUCGUAAUUUCAUGGGCGCUGAAAGGCCAUUUUCAUUGGAUAUUGAAGGCUACAGAUAACAGAUUCGGCCUGAGGCUAUUCUCCAAAAAUUAUUGAGUCCAUUAAGCACCGAUUUGGGCGGAUUUAUUCCGGGUCAAUUUUCGGCAGAUUGCAAAGGAGUACCAUCACAGAUGUCUUGCGAUGUAUGGGAAAUGCCAUUUUCUUUCGAUUCUGUAGGCUACAGAUCAAGGAAUCCGGCCGAGGAUAUUCUCCAUUGAUAAUGAAGUCUAUUGAUCCUAUUCUCCACGGCUGAUAAGUCCGUUAAGCAUCGAUUUGGGACCAUUUAAUUUCGGAUGGCAUUUUCGUAAUUUCUUGGGCUACGAAAGGCCAUUUUCAUUGGAUAUUGAAGGCUACAGAUCACGGAUUCGUCAUGAGGCUAUUCUCCAACGAUGAUUGUGUCCAUUAAGCACCGAUUUGGGCGGAUUUAUUCCGGGUCAAUUUUCGGCAGAUUCCAAAGGGGUACCAUCACUCUUGCGAUUUAUCCGAAAUGCCAUUUUCUUUCGAUUCUGGAGGCUACAGAUCACGGAAUCAAGCCGAGGCUAUUCUCCACCGAUAAUGAAGUCUAUUGAUCCUAUUCUCCACGGAUGAUAAGUCUGUUAAGCAUCGAUUUGGGCCAAUUUAUUUUCGGAUGGCAUUUUCGUAAUUUCUUGGGCGACGAAAGGCCAUUUUCAUUGGAUAUUGAAGGCUACAGAUCACGUAUUCGUCCUGAGGCUAUCCUCCAACGAUGAUUGUGUCCAUUAAGCACCAAUUUGGGCGGAUUUGUUCCGGGUCAAUUUUCGGCAGAUUCCAAAGGGGUACCAUCACCGAAUUCUUUCGAUUAAUCCGAAAUGCCAUUUUCUUUCGAUUCUGGAGGCUACACAUCACGGAAUCAAGCCGAGGCUAUUCUCCACCGAUAAUGAAGUCUAUUGAUCUUAUUCUCCACGGAUGAUAAGUCUGUUAAGCAUCGAUUUGGGCCAAUUUAUUUUCAGAUGGCAUUUUCGUAAUUUCUUGGGCGAGAAAGGUUAUUUUCAUUGGAUAUUGAAGGCUAUAGAUCAUGGAUUCGACCUGAGGCUAUUCUCGAACGACGAUUGAGUCCAUUAAGCACCGAUUUGGGCGGAUUUAUUCCGGAUCAAUUUUUGGCAGAUUCCAAAGGGGUAACAUCACAGAUUUCGGGCGAUUUAUCCGAAAUGCCAUUUUUUUUCGAUUCUGAAGGCUACAGAUCACGGAAUUAGGCCGAGGCUAUUCUCCACCGAUAAUGAAGUCUAUUGAUCCUAUUCUCCACGGAUGAUAAGUCCGUUAAGCAUCGAUUUGGGACAAUUUAUUUUUGGAUGGCAUUUUCGUAAUUUCUUAGGCGACGAAAGGCCAUUUUCAUUGGUUAUUGAAGGCUACAGAUCACGGAUUCGGCCUAAGGCUAUUCUCCAACGAUGAUUGAGUCCAUUAAGCACCGAUUUGGGCGGAUUUAUUCCGGGUCAAUUUUCGGCAGAUUGCAAAGGAGUACCAUCACUGAUUUCGGGCGAUUUAUCAGAAAUGCCAUUUUCUUUUGAUUCUGGAGGCUACAGAUGACGAAAUCAAGCCAAGGCUAUUCUCCACCGAUAAUGAAGUCUAUUGAUCCUA